AUGAUCAAUGAAGUGACUAAAAAACUGGCUAAGCCGGGAAAGAAAGUACAGAAUGUGGAGAGGGCAGUAUCGUUUGGUAGUUUAUCGUUAGAGAAGCAACAAUAUUUGAGAGCAGAUGAUUUAUACAAAUGUGCGUCGCGUGACUCAUUGUCUUCUUUACAGCAACUUGUGGAAAAAUCGAAUGGUUCACCAAGGAAGAAGUUUUUACUAGAUGAUCAUUCGCACUAUACGCACGCUCCAUCGACAGCUGCGCUGUCGACGGAUGCGUGCUGUACACAGACCAACUUUUUAAGGCCCAGGAUGGGUUUUUCGGGUUAUCAGAUCUCUGGUUAUAAAAAAUACCAGAUCGAAGUGAGUUUAAAGACUGUGAAUUUACCAUUGGGAAAUGAUAGUUCGCUUUCUCCACACCUAACGGGAUUUUUGACUAUUCGUGGGUUGACUAAUCAACACCCGGAGAUCACUACGUAUUUUGAAGCAUUUGCUGUGACCCAUCGCGAUCUGGGGUUUCUAUCGUCUAGUUGGGAUGACGAUUCAGUGAGAAAUUCUUACAAAGCGGAUGAUCAAACAGAUUUAGAGCAUUGGCUCAACUUCCCCGCGUUCAAACAAUUAUUUCUCGCAAGCGAUGCUCAGGACAGCGAUCGCCCCACUGUAAACGACGUCAUUGAAGGUAAUUGCAAAUUUGAGGAUUAUUUGGAACAAAGGUACAUUUUUAUGCGUUGGAAGGAGAAAUUCUUGGUACCUGAUGCAAUGAUCGAUGGUGUAGCUGGCGCAUCAUACGAUGGCUUCUACUAUAUUGUACAUGACCAAGUUACUGGUAACAUUCAGGGUUUUUACUACCAUCGGGAUGCGGAGAAAUUUCAGCAACUAGAGCUGGUACCUUCCUAUAAAUCGCUGUCAAACUGCAGCAACUGUACUUUUGAAUUUGCAUAA